UCUCUCUUUCCCCUCCCGUCCUCGCCGAGGCAGCCGGCUCUCCGAGAUGGGGGCCGGGUGCUGAGCCCGCCGCCCCCGGCACUCGCAGCCCCGCCGGGAUCGUUUGCACUACGCCCCCCGCGCACCCCCGGGUGAGUACCGCUCGCUGAGGGCGGGGGCGGCCCUGGAGGUCCGGGCCCCGGCGGGGGCUGAGGCGGGCGCGGCCCUGCGGCUGUGACAGGAGCCGGGGCGGCCCCGGGAGCGCGGUGGGCACGGCCCCGCCGGGCCGGGGAGGGCGGAGGGCAGCGGGACCCCUCGCGGAGCGGGGCCGGGAGGGGCCGCGCUCGGCGGGGAGGAGGCGGCGUUCCGGCUGACGAAGCGCUGGGCCGCUUCGGGCGCCCGCAGGACGCGGUGAGCCCCGGGCUGCGCCACAGGGAGCGGGCCUCGCGCCGCGCACCUUGCUUCGUUUUCUCCCUUAUGGGCCUGGGAAAGCGCCCUUCCUCCUCGUCCUCCUCCUCGUCCUCCUGCUGCCGCCGGAGCUCCCUGGGCUGUGAGCAGAAAUCUAAUGAGCCCUAGCCGCCUGUUAUGUAACGCCGCUGCGGCCGGGGCCGUCGGAGCGCUGUCCUCCAAGCAGGGGCAGAAGUUGGGGGUGCCCGCACAGCACUGCACAGCACAGCACUGCACAGCGCUGCCCUGCCCUGCACAGCACUGCACUGCACAGCGCUGCCCGCCGGGGCUGUUGGCUUCCCGGUGCGCCCUGAAAGGAUCGUUUCUUUCCUAAGGGACGUGGAGGCGGGGAAACAAAACAGACGGAUUAAUAAAUCAUUUUUAAAUGCCCCUCUGAACCACCCAAUCAGCUUUUCUGCUCCGAUUGUGUCCCUUUUGUAAAUAUCUUCUGUUUGCCCUUGAUCUUUUCCUUAUCCCCACCCAGUGCUGAUCCAGCAAACGUUUAAAGGUCGCCUUAUCAUGCAGGCUUUCACAUAUUCCCAUACCAUCUUGGGGAGAGCGCGAGUGACUUGGAAAUAGGGUUCCAGCCUUUAAAGGAGAUUAUUUGGAGCAGGAAAUAACAGUGAACAAGAGCACUCAAGGUGAAGGAUAAUAAUCAACUAGCAUCAGCACUUUGAAGGAAAUUUUGUUUCCCUGUGGCAUCUUGAACACUUUCUUCGUGUUUUGAAACAGACUUAUACCUUUGUGGCAUAGCAGCUAUGCAGCUUGAAAUCCAAGUAGCACUCAACUUUAUUAUUUCAUAUUUGUACAAUAAGCUUCCCAGACGACGUGUCAACAUUUUUGGUGAAGAGCUUGAAAGACUUCUUAAGAAGAAGUAUGAAGGGCACUGGUAUCCAGAAAAGCCAUACAAAGGAUCAGGGUUUAGAUGUAUACAUAUAGGGGAGAAAGUGGACCCGGUCAUAGAACAAGCAUCCAAAGAGAGUGGUUUGGACAUUGAUGAUGUUCGUGGCAACUUGCCUCAGGAUCUUAGUGUUUGGAUUGACCCAUUUGAGGUUUCAUACCAAAUUGGUGAAAAGGGACCAGUGAAAGUGCUUUAUGUGGAUGAUAAUGAAAAUGGAUGUGAGUUGGAUAAGGAAAUCAAGAACAGCUUUAACCCAGAGGCCCAGGUGUUCAUGCCAAUUAGUGACCCAGCAUCUUCAGUGUCUAGUUCUCCUUCUCCUCCCUUUGGUCACUCUGCUGCUGUGAGCCCAACUUUCAUGCCCCGCUCCACUCAGCCUUUAACCUUCACCACUGCCACAUUUGCUGCCACCAAGUUUGGCUCGACCAAAAUGAAGAAUAGCGGCCGUAGCAACAAGGUCGCCCGCACUUCUCCCACCAACCUUGGCUUGAAUGUCAAUGACCUGUUGAAGCAGAAAGCCCUUUCCUCCUCCAUGCACUCUCUCUACGGGCUUGGCUUAGGCAAUCAGCAGCAGCAGCAACAACAGCAGAAGACUUCUGCCCUUUCUCCUAAUGCAAAGGAGUUCAUUUUCCCCAACAUGCAGGGUCAAGGUAGCACCGGUAGCAUAUUUCCUGGUGACAGCCCCCUUAACCUCAGUCCUCUCCAGUACAGUAAUGCCUUUGAUAUGUUUGCAGCCUAUGGAGGUCUAAAUGAAAAGUCUUUUGUGGAUGGCUUGAAUUUUAGUUUAAACAACAUGCAGUAUUCUAACCAGCAAUUUCAGCCAGUUAUGGCUAACUAAAAAUAAAACAGAAGUGACAUACAAGUAAAUACUAUUGUACAAGUAAAAAUGCACGUACCCAAGGGUGUAUCUUUUUUUCCACCUCUUGAGAUUUUUUUUUUAAGGCUUGUAGUAUGAAUACAUUCAAGCUUGGUUAGAGAAAUACAACAUGCAUCAUUUUUUCAUUUGCCAACCAAGCACAAAAUUAUUUUAUACUGACUGUACAUUAAAAAAUAUACUCUCAAAAUAUGGCCUCUUACAGUAUUUAAGAUAUAGCGAGGACAAGGCUAAUUUUUUUGUGUGUAUAUAUAUAUAUGCAUGCAAACAUAUAUGUAUAUAUAUAUUAAAAAAUUGGCACUAGUAAGUGGGUUUAUUGGUCUUUUUCUAAUUGUAUAAUUUAAUUUAGUACAAAGUUUGUAAAAUAUCAGAGUAUAUAUAUUGUUUCUACAACAUGGUAUUGCAUUUAUAUCUUUUUACUACAGUGAUCUGUGACAGCUGCAGCAGCUUCAUGUUGUAUUUUUUUUACUGAAAUUGUAAGAUAUCCAUCUUAAAGACAUCGAUUCUAAAAAACUAUAAAAAGUUGUGUACAGAAUAUUCCUUAGUGGUGGAAUUAAAAAUGUACGAAAUAUUUGCUUUUUUCAAAAGAAACACAAAUUGUAUUUUCUGUUAAAAGUUUAAAGAUUUUUGCUAUAUAUUAUGGAAGAAAAUGUAAUCGUAAAUAUUAAUUUUGUACCUACAUUGUGCAAUACUUGAAAAAAGGUAUAAAAGUAUUUUGAGUCAGUGUCUUACAUGUUAAGAGGGACUGAAAUAGUUUAUAUUAAGUUUGUAUUAAAAUCCUUUAAAAUUA